AUGGAAAAAAAAGAGCGGAAAAAGGAGAAAAAGAAGAAAGAACGAAAAUCGAUGGACGUGGAAAAAGAAAGUUUAUUGGACAUGUGCACAGGAUCGAAAAAUGUCCCCCCAUUGAAAGAUCGCUCAAACAAAAGCAGUGAAUUAAAGAGGCAUCAUGAUUUAACUCAGAGUUUUCCUUCGAAGAAAAAAUGCAGAGCAACCGAUUUAAGCCAAAAAGUUGACUCCUGUUUGGCUCCUUUCAAGAUAAAAAAAGGGAAGAAUGAAAAGCAGACCCAUUUAAAAAUGAUGAGAGAUACUUCUUCAGAUAAACAUCACAAUGGUACCCAAGAGGUCUUUUCCCAAAAAAAGAAAUCUCAACAGAACCUAGAGUGUGGAGUAUAUGAACCCCGAAAUACUCUUAUUAGUAAAGAGGAACAAUUUUCCAACAACUCAAAAAGAGUGCCAAAGUUCAAGGGUAGCUUCAAGCAUGGUUCUAAAUCUUGUGGAAAGGAAGAAGAACCUGUCUGUGAUGAGACCAUCAAUCAGAACGUUAAUGAAUCCACCACAAAAUGUACUACUGAGUGCCAGGGUAGUGGAAUCCCAGGCUUCACGGCCAACACACAAAUAGGUGAAAAGGUUUGGGAUGCCAGCCUUGGGAAGAGCCCCAAACUGGACAGCAUGUGUGGUAGUUCAGAGCACAGCCAAGACCUUUUCAUCACGCAGAAGACCUAUCUGCCUGCCCAGGUUUCAAGCAGUACCAGCUGUGAGUCUCCCCCUCCGGGGCAGAAACAAGUGCAAAGAAGCUACAAUGAGCAAGCUCAGAUGUUCUCCCAAAUUUCAACCUUAACAGACACUGGAGCCAGCGAGUUUAAUGUUUCUCAGUGCCGCGUGGAAUCUGCAACAGGGAAUUCUGUUAUGUUCUCACACAAGGCAACGCAGACCGAUGGUGUCUUUAGCUACCUAGCACUUAUGACAUUUGCAAAAAAAGCCAAAGUUUUGGAAUCUUGUUCAGAAAAGCCUCUGGAUUUGUGUUUACCUAGCCGUGUUAGAGCUCAUGACGUCAUUAUAAAAAAUGAAGUCAAUGAUGUAAUCAUAAUCAGCGUUAAACCUGCCACUCUAUGUCCUGUAGAGGAGACAACAAGAAAAUUCAGCCUCAGUCAAUUACGUAAAAUGGAAGGGCGGUUUGUGCAGACAUUGCUAAAUUCAUCUUACUUUUUCAAGGGAAAAGGAGAGCGCAAUGAUGCAGUUCAUAUUGCACCAUUGCUGAGGCAAAAAAUGGAAACAAAGAAGCGUGUGAAAAAGUCUAGUGGGAUUUGA